GGCCGUGUUGUGAGGCUGCACUGGAGGAGCACAGGGCCAUGUUGUGAGGCUGUACUGGUGGAGCACGGGGCCGUGUUGUGAGGCUGCACUGGAGGAGCACAGGGCCGUGUUGUGAGGCUGCACUGGAGGAGCACAGGGCCAUGUUGUGAGGCUGUGCUGGUGGAGCACGGGGCCGUGUUGUGAGGCUGCACUGGAGGAGCACAGGGCCGUGCUGCCGUGCCCCAGGGUCAGGGGUGUGGGCAGCACUGGGGACAGAGGUGACUCCGCUGGUGCUGGGCGCGGAGAAGAGGCGGCCGUGUGCCCAGCUCCUCCCCAGCCCCGGCGGGAGCUGAUUGGCGCAGGCACGGCUCCUGCCCCGGGCUCCCUGCAUUUGAGCCACUUCCAGAAGCUGACAAACCAGACUGGUUACAGCCCGGCUCGGCCCCAGCCCUGCCUGGCCCACGGCAGGAGGCAGCUGCCUGCGCGGGUGCCCGCCACGCCUGCUCCCUUCUGGCACAGCGGGCAGCGCCCAGCUCGGUGCCCUCUCCUCCGGACCGUGGCGGGUCAGUACUGCAUUGCUGCUGGGGAGGAGGAAGAGGAGGAGGAGGAGGAGGAAAAGGCUGCUGGAUGCUCACGGUGCUGCCCCUCUUGGGGUGGCCUCGGUGAGGGUGAUGGGGCUGCACCAGGCGCUAGAGGCUCCUGACCCAGCGCUCCGGGAGGGCGCCCCAAAGCGCCCCGGAGGGAUGUCGGGACUCUGUGCGGACACUGCUGCCUCCAAACCCUUCGGGCAGCCCUGCUGAAGGAUUCUCCUGCCCUGGAGCAGCACCCACGUCCCGCACCCAGCCCCGAGGGGACCCGGCGGGCGGGGGCCGAGCGGGGUGGCUGCUGUGGCCGCCCCGAUGGAGCCGGCGGCGGGCGAGGGGGCACAGCCCGGGCCGGUGCCGGCAGCCGGUGGGGAAGGAUAUGCCGGGCAGCGGGACCAGAGCGAGACCGCGGGGCCGGGGGACCCCGGGGAGCCGCCCCAACGCUGUGGAGAGGAAUCUGCUGCUGCCUGGAGAUGCUGGGAGCUGCCACGGACGGAGGAUGCCAGGGAGCCGCUCCUGCCCGGGCAUGAGCAGCCGCCUGCCCUCGGUGCCUCCCUGCCUGCGGGGCAGGACCCUCCCCGCGGGGAGAGCCCACGGCCCGGCUCCCAAAGCGUCUCCAGCUCCAUCCUGAGCCUCUUCGGCGAGGCGGAGAAGGCCCCGAGCGGCGGCGGGGCAGGGGCAGCGGAGCCGUGCCCGGUGCUGGCGGGCGGCGAGGACGAGUGCCCGAUCUGCACGGAGCCCUACGACGAGCAGCGGCACAAGGCGGCCGUGCUGAACUGCAGCCACGGGCUGUGCCGGGCCUGCCUGCGCGCCAUCAUGGACACGGCCACGGGCGCCGAGCUCGGCCGCGUGCGCUGCCCCAUCUGCCGCCAGAAGACGCCCAUGCUGGAGUGGGAGAUCUGCAAGCUGCAGGAGGAGCUGCUCCUGCUGCACGCCCAGCCCGGCUCCCCCGCAGCCCUGGCCACCCCCCGGCCCCCUGCCCUGCCGCCCCGGCGCCCGGGCCUGGCCGGCGCCCUCGAGCAUCGCUUCCAGGUGCGCUUCCACACCAGCCGCAUGUUCGGCUGCCUGCCCUGCGUGCGGUACCCGCCCUGCCUCAUCCGCGCCCUGGCCCGGCUGGAGCGGCGCUGCCGCUGCUGCUACCUCGUGCUGCUGGCGCUGCUGCUGGCCGCAGAGAUGCUCAGCCUGCUCCUCAUCUUCCUCCCCAUCCUGCUCAUGGUGAUGCUCUUCCUCAUCCUCGACAAAUAGCGCUGGCUUUGUGCCCUCGGGCUGAGCGUG